UGCCACGCUCACACUUUUGAAAAAUGUGUAGAUUUUUCUUCGUCUUAUUGUUUAUCUUGCAAAUUUCUACAGCUAUACCAAAACCACAUUGGCCACGCCCUUCCUUACACCUACUUUUGAACAAUUUGAAACAAUUUUUCUCAUUUUAUUCACCAAUAUCUAUCGAUAUCCCAGAAAAAUGAUGAAAUUUCGCGUUCGCAUUCCCACUAGCUGAGUAACGGGUAUCUGAUAGUCGGGGAACUCGACUAUAGCAUUCUCCGUUGUUUAAACAUAAAAUUUCUGAAAAAUCCAUAGCAAUUUUCGUAUUUGAAUAACAUCUGAUUUGAAUAUUUUGGAAAUGUAAGAAAUAAUUCCAUUUGAUUGAAAAGACAGUAAAUAAGGCAGAUUUGUAAUUAUCAUCGCGUUUACUGACUGUAAAAUGUGAAAAGGUAUGAAACCCAAAAAGGACAUCCAAUGCAGGAGGCGCUAAGGGACGGAGGACGAAGGCUCCAGGGUCAGGUAGAAAUAAUCCAAUUUAGAAACCGCUAGUCCAGCGCUAAUCCGAAAACGUUUGCGACUCCCGUUCGUGGAUGUGGAUCAAUGAAUGAAUCCGAAGGCUUUCAUGAAUCUGUUUGCGCGGCGAUUAAAAGGGGGAUGGAUCGCUAAUCCGCGGCCCAGGAUACAGGGGUAAUCCUCGAGCGCAGCCUCUUCCUCCCGUAUAAAUAGAUCGGCGUCCGGUGGACCGGGCACAGUCGUUCUAGGAACUCAAACAGUGACACACAUUGCAAUAUUAUUACGAUGGAUACGACACCAAUCUUCCAGUCCAGCUUCUCCAUCCGAUCGCUGCUCUCCGUGGACAAAAAGGAGGAGUCUUCCAUUUCGAAACACAACUCAGGAUCCAGCUCAUGCUCGAGCUCCAGUUCCAACUCCAGCUCGGAUUCGAUGGCCGCAAAGAGCAAUGCAAAGCCGGCUUUCACCUACAGCGCCCUCAUAGUGAUGGCCAUCUGGAGCAGCUCCGAGAAGCGUCUGACCCUGAGCGGGAUCUGCAAGUGGAUCGCGGACAACUUCCCGUACUAUCGCACCCGCAAGAGCGUCUGGCAGAACUCGAUCCGGCACAACCUGAGCCUCAAUCCGUUCUUCGUUCGGGUGCCGCGAGCUCUCGAUGAUCCUGGACGUGGCCACUACUGGGCACUCGAUCCGUAUGCCGAGGAUCUGUCCAUCGGCGAGACGACGGGACGCCUGCGCCGCAGCAAUUGGCAGCAGAAUACGGUGGCGAGGCCCAAGGUCACAGGUCAUCCCUAUCAGCGAAUGCCAUAUUAUGGGCACGGGCACGGCAACGGCCCAUAUAUCAAGUCCCACAGCGCCUACUUCCCCAUAGUGGACCAUCAACACCACGCCGCCAUGGUGCAGCACUACCAGGCCAUGAUGCACAGAUACCAGAUGAUGCCACAUCCACACCAUCACCCGCAUCAGCAUCAGCAUCCUCAUUUCAUCCAGCAAUCGAAGCCCCUUCAUGUCCAGGAGCCGUAUCAUCAUCACCGCUACCAUCUCCACCAAGAGUGAAUUUCAGCAGUCCCAGAGGCAUGAAGACUCACUCAAAGACUACGAACUGUGAAAAUUCCUCCUUGGCGUAGAACGCGGCAAUGUUGUUAGCUUUAAAUCAUAUAGGGUCAUAUCCAUAGAAACUAUGCCCAGGCCUUAAAAUAAAUCCCAGUAAAAGUUACGAGCAUAUAAAGAUAGAUGAUUCGACAUUCGAAGAAUAGUGCGAAGUUUUUAUUGUAUUUUGGCUUAAUGAUUUAUGUAUUUUGCUUAUUUAAAACUAUA